AUAUAUUGAUAUUUCAUUAUUCAUACACGCGGAAGUAUUAAAUAUGUUUACGCUCAGCUGAUAAAAUAAAUACCACGAAAUGAAAAAGGAAGUAAAUUGAUUGAAAUAGACGUAAAAUAAUAGAAAAAUUACAAUCAAUAAUGUAUGAAUGAAAGAAACACACAUAUGAUCAAUGGGGACUCGUAAUGACGACUAUUUAUUGGUUGCUGCCAUCGACUUUGGCACUGCAUACUCAGGGUAUGCGUUCUCUACAAGAGGGGAAUACAAAAAUGAUCCCUUAAAGGUAUGCGCGAACACAUGGAGCGGCGGGAGUUUGAUGUCAUUGAAAACUUCUACAUGCAUCUUAUUCGACAAAAGAAAGAAAUUUCAUUCUUUUGGAUUCGAAGCUGAAGAUAACUACUCCGGUUAUGCACUUGAUAAUGAACACAAUGAGUACUAUUUCUUCAGGAGGUUCAAAAUGAAAUUGUUCGACAAAAUGCAACUAAAAAGAAAGUUCAUGUUAGAGGAUGAGAUGGGACGUAAGAUGUCAGCCAUGGAUGUAUUCUCGGCUUCCAUCAAGUAUCUAAAAGAUCAUUUAAUGAACCGAUGCCAACAACAGUUACCUGACGCUACAGAUACUGAUAUCCGCUGGGUGCUGACUGUGCCAGCUAUUUGGAAUGACACAUCUAAGCAGUUUAUGAGAGAAGCCGCACAAUUGGCUGGCAUUAAAAGCGAGCAGUUACUUAUUGCUCUAGAACCAGAGGCAGCAAGUUUGUGCUGUAGGUACCUACCUAUGAACACUAUUAAAGGCUGUAGUGGUGGUUUUCUGCCAUUUGGGCCACGCUCUAAGUAUCUUGUAUUUGAUGCAGGCGGAGGAACGGUCGAUAUCACUGUACAUGAAGUACAACCGAAUGGUUCCUUAAAAGAGCUCUAUAAAGCAAAUGGUGGAAACUGGGGAGGGACAUACAUCGAUAUAGCUUUCAGAAAUCUGCUGGCAGAUAUCGUAGGAAAUGACGUAAUGGACGAUUUCCAGGCAACUCAAAUGAUGGAUUACAUUGAUCUGUUCCGGGAAUUCGAAGUAAAGAAGAGAAACUUCAAGAAUGAAAUGACAGAAAAGAUCAAUUUCAAGGUGCCAAUAGCUUUAAGUGAUAACUUUUCGAAAAAGAAAGGCAAGGCCAUAAAGGAUCAUAUAAACACAAAGCCCCAGUAUGAUAAAAAGAUAAUAUGGAUCGGGGACAAACUUCGCAUGGAAGCGGACGUCGCAAAGGGUCUUUUCAAAGAGACAUGCGAAAGCGUCGCCAAACAUCUUAAAGAACUUUUCAGACAGGGGCAAGUUAAAGAUGUUCCUACUAUUCUUAUGGUUGGUGGUUUUUCAGAGUCUCCUAUGCUGCAAACGGUACUACGUGACACUAUGCCUGAUAAGAAAAUCAUCAUUCCUGCAGACGCAGGACUUGUAGUUCUGAAGGGAGCUGUUAUUUAUGGUCACAGCCCGGACAUCAUCGGCGAAAGACGCUGCAGAUUUACUUAUGGCGUUCAGGCAUCGUAUCCUUUCAAGGAAGGCGUUGAUCCAGAAUCGAAGAAGUUCACAAAUGAUGCUGGCAAGGUUUUCUGUGCGGACAAGUUUGAUAAACAUGUUGAAAUUGGACAAGCAGUUACUUGUGGAGAAGAUCAAGUCACUCGGUCAUAUAAUCCUACAAAAAUUAACCAGACAAAAAUAACAUUUUCUGUAUACGCAUCGAAAGAUGAGAAUCCCGUCUUUACAACUGAUCGCAACUGUACUCUUGUUGGAUCGUUGUCUGUUGAUUUACAAGGUUCUGGACUUGAGCGAUCGGUAACAGUUCAAUUGUCUUUCAGUGAUACAGAGCUUCACGUGAAAGCCGUAGAGAAAGCCACUGGCAAGGAAAGCACAGCAACAUUUGAUUUUCUUAGUUGAGUGAAAAUACAAACUGUACUUUAAUUUUAUAUACUAUAUAAUGCUACGUUAUGGAAACUGGAUACGCUUCAUAUGUCAGGAUUCAUGUAUACAAUGUUAAGAAGUAGGUAUUUUUUAUAAGAUGCAUGCUUUUAUAAUUAGUGUAAUAUUUUUGUGAAAACCAUUUUUGUAUCGUUUUUAAUUCUGUGUUGUGAUUAAUGCUUCCGAGGGAUCACUUUGUUGCCAGAUUGUUUUUACUAAGUAAACUUUUUAAAAGUCAAAUUACACCAUUAGAUACAGCUGCACUGGUAGAAUCCCGCAUGUAUACCAUUAAAUUGUUUUGAAGUGAAUUGGUUUACAAUAUGCACAUUUUCCAAGUAUUUCAAAUAUUGAUAAAAAUUAUAGAAAUGUAUGAGUUGAGUAUUCUUAUCAAACAUUGCUUGAAAGAAAAAUGUUGAUAAAGUUGUAAGUGGUUUAGCAUGAACAUUUUCUAUGAUGAAUAAUAAUAUUUUGUUUUAUAACAUUUUACUAUCUGCUAUAGAAAUAAAUGUAACACACACGG